UUAACACAACACAACACAACACAACACACCCCGGGCCUUACGGCCUGGACCGGCCUAGUGGCCAGACGCGUUUGUGGCUGCCCUUAGGCAUUGUCUGCCCUGGCGUCGAGAGCUGGUUAGGUUGCGGUUGAGGUCGUGCAGGCUGCGGGGUCGUAGGACUCAGCCCCGCAGCCACUGUGGUCGUGCUUUCGCGUGCUGUCGCGUGCUGCGUGUUUUGUUAUGUUUGCUGUUUUUUGUCUUCUGCCCGCCUGGUACGAUGAGACGCUGCGGCUGAAGGACUCGCCGACGCACCGCGCGGGUCGCAGCCGGGUGCGGGCGGCGCUGGGCCAGCUGGAGGCGGCGCUGGAGGACGCGGCGGCGGCGGUGGCGGCGGAGCCGCAGAACCCGGACUACCUGGUGGCUCGAGCCAUGCUUUUGGAGCGACUGGGCAGAUACCAGGAGGCCAUUGAGGACUAUGGCUCGGCGCUGCCUGGCCUCAGGGCCGCGGGUGUGCCCACCUUCGAGUGCCUGUUCAACAGGGGAUACUGCCACAAGCUGCUGGGUCGCACGGAGGAGGCCAUUGCCGAGCUGGAGGCGGCGGCGCUGCAAAACACAACCAGCAUGACCGUGCGGACGGUGCUGGGCGCGCUGUACCUGUCCAAACGCCGCUACGCCCGCGCCGCCGACGUGUUCGCGGUGGUGGCGCAGCAGCAGUACGGCAGCGCUGCCGCCGCCAGCAACGCCGCGCUGGCAGCCUACCUGGCGGUCACAGCGGACUACGACGACUCCUCGCCCGCCACACGAGCCGCCAGCCUGAAUGAGCAGCGGCAGCGGGCGGCGCGCACGGCGGCGCUGGCCUCGGCGCGCAAGCCGCCCGCCAUUGCGCAGCUGACCGGCGACUCGGUCGCCAACACGCCACGCGACGGCGAGGACGACGGCGGCGGCGGCGGCGGCGCAGCGGGCAGCGGCAGCAGGCGCAGUCUGGCCAAACAAGUCACCAAGCACCGCGAGGCGGCGGCGGCGGCGGCGGCGGCGGCGGCGGCGGGUGGCGGCGGCGGCGGCGGGCCGGGGAACCUGUCGGCACGGUCGCUCCGCGCCCGCGCCGCUCCCUCCGUAGCUGCGCUGCUGGAUGAGGAGGUGGCGGCGGACGAGGGAGCGCUGCCCUCACCGCGGCCCGGGCGAAGGGGAGGCACCGGCGCCGCCAACACCGCAUCCACAGACGCAGCAGGCGCAGCAGGGGCAGCCGACGGCGACAGCUCAGAAGACGAGCUUGACGGCGGCGGCGGUGGCGGCGGCGGCGGCGGGCCGGGCGGGCCAGAGCCGCCCCCCACUGUGUACCUGCCCGCUGACCCGCGGCAGUGGGCGGCAGACGUGGUACGGGAGAACGAGGCGCAGGCGGUGUGGGACGCAGAUAAGAAGUUGGUGCUAGAACAGGCUCUCAAGGGGUUUGACACGGCCAUGGCCAAUCAGAGGGCACUCGCUAAGGAGCGAGCGGCGGCGGAGGCGGAGGCGGAGGCGGUGGGGCGCCCCGUGGAGCGGCCGGGGCGACACGUGCUGGACUCGGACACGACGGCAGUGGAGGUGGGCGAGGCGGGCGACGUCCCCGGGGGGCUGCUGGUGGUGGUGGACCGGCGGCUCCGCACGCCCGGCACGGCCGUGGUGCACGACCGCGAGAUUGAGGGCGGAGAGCUGCAGUACAACAGGGGUCUGGUGCUGUUGGCACUGGGUCGACUGGCCGAGGCCGCAGCCGACCUGGACGCAGCCCUGGCAGCCAACCCCCACCACGCCCACUACCCCUACUACCAGUGUCACCUGGACAUGGGCAACUACCCCGAGGCCAUCGACGACCUGACCACGGCGCUGGAGGCGCUGCCGCACUCGGCGCUGCUGCUGUUCGGCCGCGGCGGCGCGCAGCUGGCCUUCGCGGCGGGCGACGUGCGCGCCGCGGCAGAGGACCUGCAGCGGGCGGCGGAGGUGUGCAAGGGCACGCUGCGCGGCGAGGGCCCUCUGUGGGAGAGCCGCAAGUUCAUGUCCAGCGGCAGCGGCACACCCGACCUCAGUCCGGCACUGUGGUACCAGCUGGGCUGUGCCCGCGCCCGCUGCGGCGCCGCCUCUGAGGCCGUGUCGGCCUUCCGUCGCGCCGCCGGCCUCAUGCCCGGACACCCCGUGUUCCUACACGAGCUGGCCAAGGCGUGCCAGGUUGCGGGUGACGCCGCCGCCGCGCUGACCCACUUCAACGCGGUGCUCAAGCUGCAGCCGCGGAACGCGCGAGCGCUGCUGCGGCGAGGGCUGGCGCUCAAGUGCCUCAAGCGGUACGACGAGGCGGCUGCGGACUUGUUGGCGGCUCGGCGGCUGGAGCCCGCCAACCCCCUCAUGCAGCUGGACAUGCGGUCACUGGGCUCCGUGUCGUUCAUAGAGCUGUGCGCGCCGGGCGAUGAGGACGACGCAUACGUAAUGAUCAAGUAUUGACAUAAUCAAGGAUUGACAUGAUCAAGGGUGACAUCAUCAAGGAUUGACAUGAGUGAAUGAGCCGCGACGUCGCAUAGAUACCCCUUGCACUUGGACCGUCGACAACGACUUUUGACCGCCGGUUUAACGGCUUCGUGGAACGGCUGUCAUUGCCACGCAAGUAUGUGAUCUGUAUCUACAUGUUGAUGGGUCGCCGAUGUUUGAUUUGUACACAUUAUUCGUGCUUUCCGUCAGUCCGGGGUCGCGUUGGGAGUCGGGCUGAGGGGGAGCCUGAGAGGGGGACGUGUACAUAGCUGCGGGGCCGGCGUGGGGUACAACGAAGCAGGUGCGCGUGAGGCAGGGUGUCAUCAUGGCAUGCAUACUGAUUCCGCCAGCGACUUGGGUGGCUGCCCCUACCGGUAGUCCACCACGGAGGCGGGCGUGUUUGCAGUGAGGCACGAGUGCAGGAAAAGAUGGGUCGCAGCAAAUCGAGUGAUGGGCAAUGGACAACGGAAGCGACGCGCCUCUUGCACAGGCGACUUUUGUAACUCUGGAACGCC